UUUCUGCUGGUGGUUCCCUGCCUGACUGGUCAGAUUCCCAUGGCACAGGAUUAGAAGUGAGGCUAGAGAGGAUCAACUGGUGCCUAAGAUGUCCCAGGUGGCUGCAGGCUUCAGCCAGGGCACCAGAUCAGCCAGAGCAGAAAUGUCAGGGAAAGAGAACAACUUUCCGCCCCUGCCCAAGUUCAUCCCGCUGAAGCCCUGCUUCUACCAGGAUUUUUCUGAUGAGAUUCCCAUUGAGCACCAGGUCUUAGUGAAGAGGAUCUACCGCCUUUGGCUGUUUUACUGUACCACACUUGGCAUCAACCUCAUCGCCUGUCUGGUCUGGUGGAUUGCCAGUGGUUCUGGAGUCAACUUUGGCCUGGCUUUCCUCUGGCUGCUGCUCUUCACCCCUUGUGGCUACGUAUGCUGGUUCCGACCAGCCUACAAAGCCUUCCGAGCUGACAGCUCCUUUAACUUCAUGCUGUUUUUCUUCAUCUUUGGAGCUCAGUUCAUCCUGACUGCCAUCCAGACAAUUGGCUUCUCAAACUGGGGCGUAUGUGGCUGGCUGGCAGUGGUGGUCGCAUUCCAGACUAGUGUUGGAGCUGCAGUGGUCAUGCUGAUUCCAGCUGUCAUGUUCUCUCUGUCAGCCGCCUUGAUGGCCAUUGUGAUCAUGAAGGUACACAGGAUCUACCGAGGGGCUGGUGGAAGCUUCCAGAAGGCACAGACAGAGUGGAGCAUGGGCACCUGGCGGAACCCACCGUCGCGGGAGGCCCAGUACAACAACUUCUCGGGGAACAGCUUGCCGGAAUAUCCCACUGUGCCCAACUACCCAGCUAGUGGCAGCCACUGGCCUUAGAGGGAGCUUUCUGGGCAUGCUGCCACCUGCCUCCUCUACCCUGUCCACUUCUGCCACCUGCUCUUGGAACUAUGAGACCUGAAACGCCAUCCCCGUGGGCCUGGGGGCCCAGGGACCUGUGUUCAUGUCACUCCUGUGUGCGGACCUGUCAUAAGUAAGCACUGCUGAUCGGCUGUCGGCCAGUUGCCCCUGAGAAUGUGUAGCCACUCCUCAUUUGGCAGCCACGGCAUUUGUCUCCAGGUCACAUGAAGCCAACUCACCAGGGCUUACUUAGGCUGAAAUCUGCCAUAGGCUGGACCACCCUGGUGAGCCAGGGCCCCAAGUUCCAUGUCUCAACCUCCAUCCACAUUACCAGAGCAGGUGCCCUCAGUUGUCAUAGAAGAGGCCGGAUGGCUAGGCUCUUAGGCCCCUGUGGCUGCCAGACCUGGUCCUCCAUGUGCCAUUCUUGACAGGCCCACUCUUCACCAGCAACAUGUGUUUCUCCCUGUCUGUCCAUCCAUCCAUCCAGGAGGGCUGGGUGGAUAGACAGACCGCUCCCCUGGAACAGGGGUCCUGCCUGGCCCUGGCAGGUAGCAUUCCUGUCUUUAAACCAUAGACCCCAGAUGAAACCUUCAUGUGCAUCCCCCAAACCAGCCCCAUCCUUUUGGUGGAGGCAGCAUGGGUGACUGUGAGGAGAGUCCCGUGUCUCUGGACACUUGCACUGCCUCUGCCAGCUGUGGGCAGCAGCUGGGAACCUGCGGCUCCUGCUUUGACAGGAUGAAGGACCCUUCUGUGUGUGUCUGCAGGGAGCAGAGCCUGGCUCUCAGGUGGGACCUGAGGAUGGCACACAUAAGAGCCAGGGACAGAUAUGUGCCUUAGAAAGGAAUCUAGCAACCAAUACUACUUCCCCAUUCUCCUGACUCCCUGCCUGAGAUGUAUCAGGGGAGUAACCACAGCACCUUUGAUAAUAUUUGGGCCAAAAACUCUUUCCUUCUUGAGGCUUCUGUGCUGCUGGCCAAGCCUCCAUGGCACCAAGGUCACUGCCCUCAGCACCCAGCUGCACCCCAACCCUGAGGACUGGGGGUCCUGGACCCUUGCCAAACUGCCCAGGUGCUGCUCCAGCCCCCAAGUGCACCUGAGCACGGCCCAAAGUAUGGUGGCAAUUCAUCAGGCAGUAGGUGCCCGCCCAGUCUUUGGGCUUCGACUGGUGCCCAGCUAAAGCUCCUGGCCAUGGAGUUGCUACUUUGCACCCAAGGCUGUCUCAGCCUCCUUACUGUGCUGGGGCCAGCUGUAGGAGAGCCUUUGCCAGCAGCACCUGCCCUGCCCACCUGCGUGUGCAUCCUUAUACGUGGUAUAUUUUACUACAUGAGAAGAUUCUGGAAAUAAAUCCUCUUUCUGCAUCAGA